AGAAUUUGAACUGGUCUUCUUACUAUUCCUCUGCUUCUAUUCCUUCUGUUGUCUACUAUUCUGCUGACACAGAUUUUUACCGCUGUAAGAUCUUCGGUGGUAUUGGUGACGGCUUAAGCACGACAAAACAUGCAUGUGAAAGAGAGAAGAAUUAUGGUUUUUUUAUAGUUGCAUUUUUUUAUUUUUUUUGGUGGGUUUUGGAAGAUAUAGCACAAGUAGGUCAUGGUUACAUUUUAGGCUUUUUUUGAGAUAUUUUUCACCUUUUAUUAAUUAGAGUGUAUAAUUCUAAAAAUUUCACGGAGAAAAUGUGGACUCCUCUUUUUCUCUCCCUCUCUCUGUCUCAUAGUUAUGGGGAAUUCAAAGGUGCCCAUCAGAUUAGUUGUACGUAGUUUCUCCUUUCCGAAAUGAAUUCGCUUUCAUUUGGGGGCUUAAAAAAGUUCCAACUGUUUAUUGAGAAUUGGUUGGCAGAGGAUUGAAUUCUAAGCAAAGAUUGAUGUUUUACCAUAGAUUCUCCCCUUCUCAUUGUCUUAAAUUGAUAGUUGAUCUUGUUGAGAAAAAAUAAUAAUAAUUUUUGGAACCUUUUUUCUAGAAGUUUGAUUUGAAUUUGGGUUUUUGUCAUGAUUUUAUAUUUGGGUUUGAUUUACAUGUUGACAUGUUAGCAUAUUAGAUGGGUUGUUCAAAACUAUGAUGAGUUAGGAUUAUGUGUUUAGGCUUUUGUGCAUUCCCAAAAAUCCAUUGUUAUUGAUUUAUUUGUAAUUGCUGAACUGAGGUUGAAUAUACAGAUGAAGUGAGUGUAAGAAAUGCAUGAUUAUUGAUGUGUCCAUUAGAUGGACCGGAGGAGUUGGCUUUGGCACCGGAAGUCGUCUGAGAAAAGUCCCAAUGGUGAAACAGAAAGCUCAGGAUCAAUAUCAUCACAUUCAGAAAGAUUUUUUGAUGAUCAGGCCUCAUCAAAUCAAAAUACUCACUCACCAGAAGUCACAUCCAAAGCCGCAUCCAGCGAUGAAGAACUUAUUGAAAAUGUGAAGACUUUAUCCGAGAAAUUAUCAGAAGCUCUUCUAAACAUUCGUGCCAAGGAGGACUUGGUAAAGCAGCAUGAAAAAGUUGCGGAGGAAGCUGUCUCGGGAUGGGAGAGAGCUGAAAAUGAAGUGUUAGUUCUGAAGAAACAAACUGAGGCUUUAACUCAGAAAAACUCGGUCCUUGAAGAACGUGUUGAGCAGCUUGAUGGUGCCCUUAAGGAGUGUUUGAGACAACUUCGACAGGCAAGAGAAGAGCAAGAACAAAAGAUUUAUGAUGGUGUUUCCCAGAGAAGUUGUGAAUGGGAAUCAACAAAGUCGGAACUUGAAAACCAACUUGCCGAACUCCAUUCUCAGCUUCAAAGUACGAGGGCAGAUGUUGUUAAGCUUGAAACCAUGGAGAAAGAGAACACAAUCCUUAAGUGCGAGCUCCACUCCCAAGCCGAAGAACUGAAACGGAUGACUCGUGAGAGGGAUUUAAGCACUUGUGCUGCGGAAACUGCUAGUAAACAGCAUCUUGACAGCAUAAAAAGGACAGCGAAGCUUGAGGCAGAGUGUUGCAGGCUAAAGGCAGUGGCUCGCAAAGCAUCACCUGCAAAUGAUCUCUAUUCUGUUACUUCGUCAACAGUUCAUGUAGAAUCUUUUGCAGAUAGUCAGGCUGAUAGAGGAGAUACGCUAUUGGUUAUUGAAAAUUGCAAGAUAAAAGGAUUGAAACCAGUCAACAGCAGGUUUUGCCACCCUGAAUCUCGAGUUUUAGUGGCACAGAGAGAUCAAUUUAAAAAUGAAAGACCUCUGGGAAGAAAUCAUGUUGUUUCUUCUGUUGAGAUUGAUCUCAUGGAUGAUUUUCUUGAAAUGGAGAGGCUUGCAGCCUUACCUGAGACACAGUGUGGAAGCUGCCCUGAAACAGGAGCCCAGGGCGGGGAACAACCUUUAAAAGCUGAACUGGACACCAUGAUUACUUGGACAGCUGAACUCGAAGAAAAGUUGGAGAAGGUGGAAGCAGAGAAAAUAAAUUUGGGGAUGGCUCUAGUGGAAUGCCAAAAACAACUUAAGACGUUGCAAGCUCAACUAAAGGAGACAAAGUUGAAGAUGGUGGACCUGGAAACUCUGCUUGCUAUGGUAAAUGAAGCAAAGAGUGGGGCUGAGCUACAAGUCGAGGCUGCCAAUGAAAAGCUCACCAAAUCAAAAAAGAAUUUAGAAGAAGCCAAGGUCAAUCUGGUCAAACUUCAAAAUCGGUUAAUAGUUGCAAAUGAGGAAGUGUGUGGGGUCGAGUCCGAACUUAAAACUAGCAAUAUGAAGAAACAAGAAGCUGAGUUACAAGUCAAAGAUCUGGAACUUGAGUUGGAAACCUUGUAUUCGAGCAUUGGUACGUUAGAAGAAGAGGUUCAAAAAGAACAAAGUGUUUCCGGGGAAUCUGUUUCAAGGUGUCAGACAUUAGAAAAAGAGAUUUCAAGGAUGAAACUGGAUUCUCAGCUUCAGAGAUCUGCUGUCGUUGAAGAGUUCAGAAUCAAUCAGGAUAAAGAAUUGGCAGUGGCUACUAGUAAAUUCACUGAGUGUCAAAAGACAAUUGCUUCUCUCAGUUGGCAGCUAAAAUCUCUUGCGACAUUGGAUGAUUUCCUGAUAGACUAAUAGAUGUCAGUAGAGCUCCUUUGAAAGCAAUCUUAUAGCUGGUGCAGACCCGUUGAAAUUGCAUUAUAUUCCGAAGCUUCAGCUGUUAUUAAUGGAUUAUGUUGGAGUAAGAAUUGAGCGUUUAGAUCAGAUGUCAAACCUUCUGAUUUCUGUUCUGAAAUUCCAGAAAAGAGAUAAUAGAAUGAAAUUCAGAAUCCUGGCAGGCAAAACACAAGUUUUCUUGUAUGUACAAAAUAUUCAGAUUUCUUGCUAUUGGUUUUGCCUUUUAGCCUA